AUGGUCGAGACGCGAUUCGCGCAUUUCGCGAUUCCACCGCAUCUAAAGCUUGCGGGGACAUGUGGUGCUGAAGACAAAUAUAACUUCGACUACUUUCUGUCGAACUGCCGCUUCUUUCUUUACUUUUUCGUUUGUCCUCGCUGUCUCGUGCCACCAAUGGCAUUCCCCUUGCCGCGGGGCAUCACGGCCUCGGAGAUUGCCUUCGCUGCGGAGAUGGAGCUGGUGACAGUGGUUCCUCGCCAGCGCCUGGAGGGACUGGAACUACUCGGGGGCCCAGUUGAACCGCUCGUUCCUCCGCGGCGCACAUCCCUUCCCUUGUGGCUUGCAAUGCUUCUCAAACGACAGCGCCGCGCGAAUAUCAUACCUCCCUCAUGGCUACACCCUGAAGGUCUCAGUCUUAUUCUCGAAAUCGAGUCUCAACACCAGGAUUACAAGACUGCUUUCUCACCAGCUCCCCCACUACCCGGCCAGCCCAGUGUCAAUGAUCGCGGAGUUGAGCCUACUGCCCGACCUCAAUAUACACCUGAUGGAGAUAGAUACUAUCCAGCACCACCGUUCUUACCGCAAAAUACGGCGCAGGCAGUGUCUCCCCGAGACAUCCCCGCAUUACCCUACCAUUGGGUCGAAGUCGGGAAUAUGCUUCUUGAUGUGGCGAGCGAUGACCUAGUAGACCCUGACCAGUUACGACGGCUGUUGAAAGACCUACGUGAGGUGCGCAUGGCCAAGAUGAGGUCUGGCAUUGACGUCUUGGAUGAUGCGGCAACAGGCGGGGGCGGGGUUGCAUUAACAGGUGUGGGUGCGAUGGAAUUGGGCGAAGAGCGUGGGUUCUUAAGUGGCGUUGUCGAUGGUCUCAGGAAGAUUGGCGCAUCGAAAGAACAAGCCAGGCGCGAACAACUGGCGGAGCAACGAGCCAAUGGCGGGUACAAUGGGACCCAGGAUGACGAAGAAGAAGACUACAUGGAGUUUUAA